UUCCCGAAUCUCAUAGCUUAGUUAGUUGCACACCACUGCAUACUUACAAAAUUAUCCUUGAUAAUUGUUCAAGCAAAGACCAAUGGAGAAGAUAUCAUCAACCCUCUGCGGUUUUCACUUGGCUAAACCCCCUGAUGUUGAAAAACCACAUCACGAUAACAAAGAAGCAGACGAAGAAAAAAUACACAAAGCUCUGUUUGAUGCUACCAUAAAGGGCAACUGGACAAGAGCUGAAAAAAUUCUGAAAGAACAUCCAGAGUGCGCUACUCAUCCUAUCACGAUAAGAAACGAAACAGUUGUUCACAUUGCAGCAGCCGGAAAAAACAAAGAAUUUGUGGAGAAGCUAAUGAAGAUUCUGGAUAUUGUGGAGAAGAGGGGAGUCCACGAAAGCGGCCGCAUAUUGGAACAGGAAAAUAAGUUAGGGUGUUCUGCGUUCUAUCUUGCGGUUCUAUCAGGAGUUGUGAAGAACGCGGAGGUUAUGGUUGAGAAGAACAAUAAGCUGCCAACUAUCCGGUCUAAGGAUAAAUCAUCAGAUGAUAUUGGGAAGCUCCCUAUCAAUCAUGCAGCUCUGAGAGGGCGUAAGAAAAUGGUUGCUUAUCUCUUUCAGAAAACACCUUAUGAGAUGUUGCUGGAGGCGGAACGCACUGAGCUUCUUCAAGCUACCAUUCGCUACGAUAUGUAUGAUACCGCAUCAGAUAUUGUAGACAAGGAUCCACAAUUAGCCACUAAAGAAUAUGAUACUCAAAGGAACCGAACAUUCUUGCAUCUGUUAGCUCGAAAGGCUCUAGCAGAAAGAAGGUGGCAAAGAUUUCUGGGCUCAACUUGUGCUCGACUGUUCCCUGCACGUUUGUGGGAUACCAUUCAAGAAAAAGCAUUAGCGAGGAAGUUACUUAAAAAGAUCUGGGAUAAGUAUCUUGAUGAAUGUUUACCAGAGGAAACACUGGCGGCGAAAAUAAGAAACACGGAGAUACUUCACUAUGCUGCGAAAGAAGGGAAUGUUGAGUUUCUACUCAUGAUUCUUAUCAGCAAACCGGAUCUCUUGUGGGAGUUCAACAGUAAAGGCCAGAACAUUUUCCAUAUCGCAGUAUUACAUCGACAGAGAGAAGUUUUUGAUUUGAUCUACAGAUUUGGACCCUUUAAAGACUUGAUCUCUGUCCAGCAAGAUAAUCAACAAAACAACAUUCUACAUUCAACUGCCAAAUUUGGGACUAGCAAAGAGAGCACUGGUGAUGACAAUCCUCAGCAGCCAAGUGUGUGCUUUAAAGUGGGAAAUGGUUCGGAGACAGAUAACAAGGUUGAGAAGGUUAUACCAAAAUCAUUACUCAAGGUAUCCGGAGCAGCUCUAAGGCUACAAAGAGAGCUCUUGUGGUUUAUGGAGGUUGGGAAUGUUGUUCCACCAUCACAACACAAGAUCCGGAACAAGGAGAACAAAACACCAAAGCAAAUAUUCGCAGAGGAGCACAGGGAACUAUUGAAAGAGGGCGAGAAGUGGAUGACAGACACCGCAACAUCCUGCAUGCUUGUCGCAACUUUGAUCGCCACCAUGGUUUUCGCCGCAGCCUUCACCGUGCCCGGCGGCAGUAACGGCGACACCGGCACUCCCGUUUUCAUAAAGAGGAGCAGUUUUACAGUUUUCAUGAUUUCAGAUGCGGUGGCAAUGAUUUGCUCAAUCAUCUCUAUCAUCAUGUUCUUGUCCAUACUCAUUUCGCGCUUCAGACAAGACGAUUUUCUUGCGUCGUUGCCUUUAAAGUUGUUGGUCGGACUCACAACACUCUUUGUCUCAAUAGUUGGGAUGUUGGUGGCCUUCGCCGUGGCCUUCUCUUUGAUCUUUGACAAGGCUUGGCAGCCAAAGCUGAUCGUGGCUUUCAUUGUUGCUCCAUUUGCUUUGUUUCUGUUGCUAAAUUUCAACCUCUGGUUUGACACAAUCCUAGCACUAUUGCUUGUUGUUAAAAUUAAAGUUGGCUCAUUCAAGAAGCUUUACUUUGGAUGAACCAACAAAAAAAGGAGUGUUUGGAGAUUAGUUAGCAUAUUAUUGUAUUAAAUACUUUGACCAGUUAGUUACUUUUAUGUUUGUAAAAAUAUGUUUUGUUAAUGUAAUAUUUUAAAAUAUUUUAUUGUUUCUGAA